CUCCGUCAGUCGUAAGGGAGUGAGAGGCUGGACCACAGCCUGUGAGGUGCGGGAGAUUGUGCACGCUUUUGAAGGAUGCGCUUCUGUUGCGCGCGACGGCGCGUCCUGUAGAGAUUCUGUAUGGGGAGCGUCUGGGUUUCUCUAUCUAUGUUUGGCUUUGUGCACGCAGACCUGUCACUGUUGGACACUCCGUAAGCGCGCGGCAUCACUUUACGGACGCGAGCAGAAGAAGCGGGCUGUUCAUCUUCUCGUAACAUCCAUAGCAUUGCUUUAAUGAAGAAACAGAUCUGCUAACAAUCUCACAGAAGGGACCCUUCAGAACAAGUAUGGGGUCACCAUGGAAACCACUUCUCUUGCUGUCAGUUAUCAGUGGCCUGGCAGAUUUGGCUAAAGCCGUCGCUGGGAGACCCAUCUCAUACGCGGCAGUGUUGCGGAUGAAGUCGGACAGUUCCUCAUCCUCCACGCUAAACUCCAGGAUGAGAUUAAGGAACAGUCACGGAGCGGGAUCGUCCGGUCAGGACUGGCCUCUGUUCUCCAGACACAGAUACUCGGCCCUCAGCUCACAAGAGGACUACAUGAGCGAAGAGAGCGAAGAGUUCGGCCCAGUAUUCGUUCAGGAACCCGAUGACGCAAUCUUCGCCCUGGGCUCAGACGAUAAGAAAGUGAUAAUGAAUUGCGAAGCCAGAGGAAAUCCUGCUCCUACCUACAGCUGGCUGAUAAAUGGAUCGAAUGUGGAUGUAGAAGCAGAUUUCCGCUACAGUUUGAUUGACGGAAACUUGAUAAUACACAACGCAAGCGAGGCCAUUGAUUAUGGGAGAUACCAGUGCAGAGCAGAGAACAGCAUUGGCAUCGUCCUAAGCAGAGAUGCCCUCCUGCAGUUUGCUUAUCUGGGAGCGUUCAGCGGUCGGAGUAGAGGAGCUGUUAAUGUUCGGGAGGGCCAGGGAGUUGUGCUCAUGUGUGCACCUCCUCCUCAUUCACCAGAAAUCAUUUACAGCUGGGUGUUCAACGAGCUCCCCUCGUUCGUGGCGGAGGACAGCCGGAGAUUCAUCUCGCAGGAGACGGGAAAUCUGUACAUCUCCAAGGUGCAGCCCUCAGACGUGGGCAGCUACGUGUGCCAAGUGAAAAACACUGUGACCAACGCCAGGGUCCUGAGCCCACCGACACCCCUGACUCUGAAAACAGAUGGUGUCAUGGGGGAGUAUGAGCCCAAGAUUGAAGCACACUUUCCUCAGACGGUACUUGCAGCCAAAGGGGUCACGGUGAGACUGGAGUGCUUCGCCCUUGGGAAUCCUGUCCCCACAAUAACAUGGAGGAAGAUGAGUGGGAACAUCCCGAAAAAAGCCCGUCUGCGUAAAUCACAGGCUGUUCUUGAGAUCCCAAACAUUCAGCUGGAGGAUUCUGGGAGUUAUGAGUGUAAAGCUGAAAAUACCAGAGGAGGCACAGCGUAUAGAGGACAUCUGCAAGUCUACACUUUGCCGCAGUGGAUCAGUAUGAUAAAUGACACUCAACUGGACAGUGGAGAGCAGCUCCGUUGGGAAUGCCGAGCCGCAGGAAAGCCCAGGCCGACCUACCGCUGGAUGCGUAAUGGAGAAAUGCUCAACCCACAGAGCAGAGUGGAAAUGGUGAACGGGGAAUUGAUCAUUCACAAGUUGGAGCAGUCGGAUUCGGGAAUGUACCAGUGCAUUGCCGAGAACAAAUAUGGAAGCGUCUACUCCAACGCAGAGCUCAAAAUACUGGCGUCAGCACCCAUCUUCAGCACCAAUCCUAUCCGACUCAUUGCCACCGUGGGGAGAGACGUCUCUUUGGAGUGCCGGCCCCGUGCGUCACCAAAACCAAGAAUUACAUGGAAGAAGAACGAUAGGAGAGUCCAAACAAGCCGAAGGAUCACGUUGCUUCGCAACAACACCCUGCGCAUCAUUAACUCCAGCCGCACAGACGAGGGAAACUAUGUGUGCAAGGCUGAAAACCAGUUCGGAUCAGCUGAGUUAAUGACUGUGCUCCUGGUGAAAGAGCCCAUGCGGGUGGAGUUGAGCCCCAUCCGGGUGGAGGUUACGGUGGGAGAGAGUGUGGUGCUCAGCUGUAAGGUCACCCAUGACCCCUCUCUGGAUGUGUCCUUCCUCUGGCUGCUCAAUAACCAGCCGCUCAACGCUCAGCAUGAGGGCGGUCACUUUGAGUACAUUCAAACACAGUCUUCCACAGCAGACCUGAUGAUCAGGAGCAUUCUUCUGAAGCAUGCUGGGAAAUAUGGCUGCCGGGCACAGACGAGCGCAGACAGCGUGCUUGCUGAAGCCGAGCUGCUCGUAAGAGGUCCUCCUGGACCUCCUGGUGUUGUGAUUGUAGAGGAGAUCACAGAUACCACAGCCACGCUGUCAUGGAGCCACGGCGUUGAUAACCACAGUCCCAUCACCACCUACAACAUACAGGCACGUAGCCCUUUCUCUCUGGGCUGGCAGACAGUGAAAACCGAUCCAGACCCGGUGACAGGAAGCAUGGAAUCUGCCAUGGCGGUGGAGCUCAACCCCUGGGUGGAGUACGAAUUUCGGGUGGUGGCCACAAACGCCAUAGGAACUGGUGACCCGAGCGCCCCCUCCCGGGCGGUCCGCACUAAAGAAGCAGUACCGUCAGUGGCUCCUGCCAGUGUAAGAGGAGGAAACGGUCGCAGAAACGAGCUGGUCAUAUCCUGGGAGCCCGUUUCUGAAGAAUUCCAAAACGGGGAGGGUUUCGGCUACAUCGUGGCAUUCCGGGCCAAUGGGACGCGUGGAUGGAAAGAAAAGAUGGUGACCUCGGCAGACUCCACCACAUAUAAGUACAGGGACGAGACCUUCCCCCCUCUCACCCCAUUUGAGGUGCGGGUGGGAGUGUAUAACAACAAAGGCGACGGACCAUUCAGCGAGGUGGUCACUGUGUUCUCUGCUGAGGGAGAACCCAAGGAGCCUCCUACUGACCUGCAGGCGAUUGCAGUCUCCUCCUCAGAAAUGAGAGUGAUGUGGAAGCCGCCCAGUCCCGGUCCUGGAAGACCCCAAGGCUAUGAGGUGACUUACUGGAAGGAUAUGGAGCAGGAGGAGACGGGGAAGAAAAGGAGGACGGUGGGAAAUGAGACGAGCAUGCUUCUGUCAGGAUUGGAGGGAAACACGCAGUAUUUGAUCUCAGUUAAGGGCUUUAACAGCGUCGGUCAGGGCCCAUCAAGUUCGCCCAUCAGAAUCAGCACUAGAAAAAACGCCCCUAGUUUACCCCCAGGCAACUUAAUGUGGAUUCAGGAAGGGAACAAUGUUUCUUUAUCCUGGGAUCCAGUGAAAGCCAGGGACAAUGAGUCAGAUGUCAUCGGUUACAAGGUGUUACUGCGUCAGGAGGGGCGUGGCCACAGCCAGGUCACGAGAACUCCAAACUCGGCCAUCGUUCUGACCCUUCCUGAGGGAGGGACGUACAUCAUCGAGGUGCGUGCGGUGAGCGAUGGAGGCGAAGGGGCCGCCAGCGCCCAGGUCAGACUGCUUACUUCUUCUGGAGUGCGUGCAAAGAAUGGGCAGAUCUCCGUUCAUUAUCUGCCUGCAGGCUUGGCGUGGACUUCUCUGUUCCUGUCAUUAUUGGUGCCUUCUUUUCCCUUGUGAGGCUACUGAGUAUCCUGAAAUCUUCCCAUCGCCUGCCCUGCGACAACCACUCCCAACUAAGCCUAUAUGAAGUGAACGUGCCUGCCUGCUGUGGCCCGUACCAUCGACAGGACCUAAAGGCCAGCCAAAUGGAAGUGCUUUUUUUCCAGGCAAAUAUCACGAACUUCAACUCUGGACGACUUCUCUGUAUUUUUUCUGUUUCCGGGUUUCUUUUCAGGACACGUUUGUAGUAUUGUGCUGUGCAAAGUUCAGAGACGGCUGUCUGAAAUCGUGUACGCCACGAUGCCGUUAACAAGACAUUUUAUAAAGUAGGGACUUCCAGAGAAGUUUGCAAAGCUGCUGGGACCGUCCGCUGCUCUGUGCCAACGUGGCUUCCCUCAUUACGUUACCGCAUCCAUUUUUACCCUUCGGCUGCCUAACAAGCGACGCAGAGUAAAGCUCAGUAGAGAUAAGUGCAUUGUUUUCUUACUCACAAACGGAGCGAGAAGUGAGACAUUUUUAUAGUGCUGAAAAUCUUACUAUUUCCAGACUUGCUUUUUGUACAUUGUGUUACCUUUAGAGAAACAAACAAACAAAAAAAUACAGUGGUGUGUUUCGGUCGGCUGCGUCAAAGUUUUUGAACUUCCGUUCACGUUUUUGUUAAGUUCGUUGGCUUUUGAGAACCAGUGAGGUUGCUGGGCAACAGUGAAGCUGAUGGAGGAUCUGAACUCAACUUGUCGUGCCCAAACACUUCAGUAGACAAAGACCACGGCCGAUCUGUGACAGUUGAAAUAAAUGUGAUGUAUAUUUUUAAAGGGCUCUUGUGUGUGUCUGUUCUGGGUGAAGAUCUCUUGAUCUGAUUGCUAUCGAUUCGUUCUAUCAACAGAGUUUGUUGCGGCCAAAAUUGAGUUGGAGACAAUUACAUUGGUCAGGAAUGAUUCUGUUCUUACUUCAGCUGCUCAGAGAUCCCAGAAUUCAAUAGUUACCCUGAAGCGUCGCUUAGAAAUCUGCUCUGGGCUUUAUAAAGUCUAUAGCCAGAGGAGCAAAUAGCAGGUGUAAAUCAUUUGAGAAUGGGAUGCCAAGCCAAUAUAUAGUUAGCUCUUGAAUAGAUUCAGUCAUUUUGAAAGGCUUUUAUUGAAACAGUAUGUUCUGUAACCUUCAAAUACUUAAUACUAUUCAAAAGCACUCAGCUUGAAUAAAUACAGUUAAUUAUGCAUUAACUUGUUAACUACAAAUAUGUAAGAAUUUGUUUUAAAACUGAAUCCACCAGAAAUUUCUAUUCAUCACUGUUUGCAGAUUUUAAAG